AAGCAUCUUCUCAGUCGAUAUUCCUCUCAGAUUCCCCCCAGUCCCGGGUGCCCGUGUUUCGCUUUUCCCAACAAUCCAUCCCGGCCCCCUCUUUCCCUCUCCUUCUUUCGCUUUCUCGCACCUUGAUCGGAGACGGAAACUAUGGAGAGUAAACCCCAGAAGCCAAUUCCCAUGAAUGACCCCCCGACGGACCGCCCUGUUCGUGUUUACGCAGAUGGAAUUUAUGAUCUCUUCCACUUCGGCCACGCUCGCUCCCUUGAACAAGCUAAAAAAUCGUUUCCCAACACCUAUCUACUUGUAGGAUGUUGCAAUGAUGAAGUCACCCACAAAUAUAAGGGUAAAACAGUUAUGACUGAUGCGGAGCGAUAUGAAUCUCUCCGGCAUUGCAGGUGGGUUGAUGAAGUUAUUCCAGAUGCCCCUUGGGUGACUACACAGGAAUUCCUUGAUAAACAUCAGAUCGACUUUGUGGCACAUGACUCUCUUCCUUAUGCUGAUGCAAGUGGGGCUGCCAAUGAUGUCUAUGAAUUUGUUAAGGCUGCUGGAAAGUUUAAAGAGACAAAGCGAACAGAAGGAAUCUCAACAUCAGAUCUUAUAAUGAGGAUAGUGAAAGAUUAUAACGAAUAUGUGAUGCGGAACUUGGACCGGGGUUACUCAAGAAAGGAACUGGGUGUGAGCUAUGUCAAGGAAAAAAGAUUGAGGGUGAAUAGGGGGUUAAGAAAGUUGCAGGAGAAAGUGAAGAAGCAACAAGAGAAAGUGGAAGAGAAGAUGCAAACAGUGGCAAAACAUCGUAACAUAUGGGUGGACAAUGCUGAUCGAUUGGUUGCUGGGUUUCUUGAGAUGUUUGAAGAAGGUUGCCAUAGAAUGGGAACUGCCAUCAGAGACCGGAUUCAAGAACAAAUAAGGACAAAGAAUAUACGGGGACUGAUAUACGAUAAAGAAGAUGAAGAUGACUACGAGGAGGAUGAUGGGUAUUAUUACGAUGGCAGUACGGAUGAUGAAUACUAUGAUGAUGAGGGUGAGGAAUGACCUCCUCAUCAUCCGAUGUUUAGUUCGAAAAGGUGGCUGUCAUAUUCAGCUGCAACACAUGGAGUGUGGUCUGGAUCAAGACUUAUAAGUGUUUUUCUGCUUGCCUGUUUCAAAAAAUGUCUACCCCACAUGCAUCAGUUUUGAUGUGUCCUUGUGCAUCAGAAAGUGCUGUUUGUAUUUUUUGGGCUUCAUUUAGGUAUGUUUUGGAAAGUGUUCUUUGUAAUUUGUAGAAAAUAGCGCUGAUUAUUAUUCUUAACAGAACUCUUAGAAACUUAAAAAGUGUAAAACAGUUUUGGAAAUUAUAGAUAUUUAACGUGGAUGUUUGCUUGUUUCUA